AUGUCAUAUGGCUUGGUGUCGGGUUGGGAUGAGGACAUAUUUGGCGAUGGCCGGGGCAACUUGCCGCUACCAUUUUCCGGGAGUGCAAAAGCCAAGGGCUUGAGCAGCGCAACUUUGUCCAAAGCUUCCGAAUUGUUGUGGCGUGCGUCUGAUGCUUCACGACUGGCACAUGUAUCCGUUGCCUUAGACGUCUCCGAGGAUGCUGAUGAUCCAGUUGCCCCGCUGCUUGCGCAGCCCCAUGCCACAAACAACGAAGACAAGGCUGUUGCAGCGACUUCAGUCACCCUGGACAAGGCAAGACGUGAACCCGCCAAUGCUGCUCAGCUAGGUUCUUCGCGCGCAUCUGCUUGCGCGGGGUUGCUGGCCAUGCCUGUUGUUGGCCACGAUGGCUCUUCGCGCAUUCGACUUGUGCGUCUGGUUCAGCAGACGGAGGCAUCUGAAUUCGAGGAUGGAUUGAGAUCAGAGAUUCCUGUUGGCGAGGCGCUCCUGGAGGCACAGCUGGACUCCGGUCUGUCGGCAUCGACGUCAUCAUCUGCAGUGCCUGAAGGUGCUCCACCCUUGUUGAGACCUUCGGCUGCUGAUCCCAAGGUACUCCUCGAGAGGUACAUCCAGUUGGCAGGCUCAUGUUUUGGCGCCGAUGGCGCUGAUGACUUCGAGCUUCUCAAGGCCCUCUUUGACGCCGGAGGCAAACGGCAGGUCAUGCACAGACUGAGUGCGUGGCUUGCCCGUGUCAAUAGGAGAACUGUGGACAAGCACUUGCGGGGGCAGCUCGCAUCCGAACCUCGUGCCAGUCCGCGUGGAAUUGAGGCAGCUUUUCAUCAUCUAACCGCAAACUCCCCGCGCCGAGCCUUGCGUGCGCUGCAAGAAGCAGCAGGAUCAGGACCACACUUUGAUCGCUUGGCAGCAAUUCUUGCUGCUUGCGGUGGUUCUCCGGUUCCUGGUCGCGAGCAGCGUCGAUGGCUUCGGAAGCAAGUUGAAGACUGGAGGCGGCAAAGAGUGCAAGAGCUCAUGGGGUCAGACCUUUGGCGUCUCUACAGCUUGCUUGCGGGUGAUACCCAGGUAGCUUGCGACGCGCUGGACUGGCGUACUGCGUUUGGGGUCUUUUUCUGGUAUGGGCAGUCAGAAGAGGAUGUCCAUGCCGGGACAGGCACCUGCGAACACGCUCUGGAACGUGUGGUCCAAUCCUUUGUAGCAAAGCAGACAAGCUCCUCCCGAGUCCGUCCGGUGCCAGCUUACGCUCUCCAAGAUCGUCCUGAGCAAAGGAUAUCGCGUUCGGCGGAACCCAUGGUUUUCAAAGCUGGCAAGGAAGAGCCUACAGCGUUGCAGUUCCGUGCAAUUCAGAUGGCUGCCGGAUGCUUAAGUGCCUGUGACAUGAGCAGCUUCGACUACAUGACACACUCGAAGAGUCCUCAAAAUGUUGCAUUAUCGUGGCAUUUUGUUGUCGUUUUGCUGGCAUUGUUGGGCGAAGCUGAUGGUGCAGCCCAUUUUGAUGGAGAAUCUUUCCAGCGCUUGACACAGCAGUAUGCGCAGCUGCUAGAACAGCAAGGAAAGGAUGAAUGGGCAGUGUAUGUCGCUCACUUUGUCAGCGAAGACAGGGCCCGCGCUGCCAUGGUGCGGCGUUUGCUCAUAACUCAGGCCAAGGCAACUCAGUGGGAUUUUGGGAAGGAGGUGAGGCCGCGCUGGCCAAGCCUGCCUCCGUCUGGGCUUUGGCAUGCCAGGGCUCUCGCCUGCGAGCAGGUGCACGACUGGUGCGGUGCACUAGAGUGCUGGCAGCAGUGCGGCGGUGAGGAGGCGCGGGCUGUCACGCUCGCCUGCGGAUAUUUGCUCAGUCCUGCUCUGCUGGGGCACGCCUCUUCGCCCUUCAAGCAUGGAGCUGUUGAGGCUAUCCAGCUUUCGCCAAUGAACCCGGCCGCCAGAUGGCUGCACAGAUCCUUGGAGGCGGUCAUGACUUCAAUCACAAAUGCACUGGUUUCGUUGUUGGUUGCUGUUCCAUAG